GUGCACAAGUGUAAUCAUGUCACAGUACUUUGACGAUGAUAUUGCCGGCGUCGUAAUUGACAACGGAAGUGGAAUGUGCAAGGCCGGUUUCGCCGGCGACGAUGCUCCCCGCGCCGUGUUUCCGGCCAUUACCGGCCGUCCUCGCUACGACAUGGUCAUGGCAGGAAUGGGGCUUAAGGACACCUAUAUCGGCGAUGAAGCGCAGAACAGACGGGGAAUACUCUCACUGCGGUAUCCUGUAGAGCACGGUGUCGUAACCAACUGGGACGAUAUGGAAAAAAUCUGGCAUCACACGUUUUAUAACGAACUGCGAGUGGCACCCGAGGAACAUCCGGUUCUCCUCACGGAGGCGCCAUUAAAUCCGAAAGCAAACCGAGAAAGAAUGACCCAGAUAAUAUUCGAGACUUUUAACGCGCCAGCCUUUUAUGUAGGUAUCCAGGCGGUUUUGUCGCUCUAUGCAUCCGGUCGCACGACGGGAGUUGUGUUCGAUUCCGGUGACGGCGUGUCUCACGUUGUACCGAUCUACGAGGGGUACGCGCUGCCGCACGCGAUCGAGCGGAUGAACCUCGCAGGAAGGGAUCUGACACACUAUCUCUCCCGGAUCUUGUGCGAACGCGGGUACAGUUUUACAUCCUCGUCGGAACAGGAAAUAGUACGUGAUAUCAAAGAGAAACUGUGCUACUCUGCCUUGGACUUUGAUAGCGAAAUGCAGUCUGCAGGUAGCUCAUCGUCGGUUGAGAAAAGCUAUGAAUUACCCGACGGAGGGAUUAUCACCAUUGGAAACGAGCGUUGUCGGUGCGUGGAGACCAUGUUCCAACCGUCUUUUAUCGGAAUGGAGAGCUGCGGAGUACACGAACUGCUCUACAACUCGGUGAGGAAGUGCGAUAUAGACAUACGAAAGGAUUUGUGGAACAACGUCGUGAUGUCCGGUGGUUCGACGAUGUUUCCCGGCAUCGCUGAUCGGAUGAAGAAGGAGCUGGAUAAUCUGGUUCCCAGCGGCAUGAAAGUGAAGGUCAUCGCGCCGCCCGAGCGGAAGUACUCGGUGUGGAUCGGAGGCUCUAUCCUGUCCUCUCUGACUUCAUUCAGCUCCAUGUGGAUAUCAAAGCAGGAGUACGACGAGUGCGGGCCGGGAAUCGUUCACCGGAAGUGCUUCUAGGUGUAAAACUGAGCGCGAAAUUCAAAAUGACGUGGGAAGACAAAAUAUAAUUGUUUUAGCAUUUUUUUAUCCACGUGCUCGUAUGAUUUGUUUUACAUGCACAGCUUGAACAGUCGACUUAAAUUUAUUUCUACUUUUUAAACGCAAUCAUAGUUAAUAUGUUAUGUGUCCGUUUAACGUAUUUACGUAUACCCAAAGACGUAAAUUGUGUUUGUAUGAACUUGGUAUAUAAGUAUUAUAUAAUAUUUUAAGCAGUGAAUGCUCGUGAACAGUUCUUCAUUUAGAAAGAAGUGUUCGUGGUUAUGCAUUUAGUGUUCUUUGCUUAUGUUUAUUACGAAGGUCUUUUAAUUGAACAUGUUUAUGUCACAUUUUACAUUAUUGCUUUAUGUAUAUAAUUUUACAAUUGUUUUACGAAUAAAGGCGAAAAUAUAGUUUGAAGAGUAGCAAAA